AACGUUGUGCGAGUCUGUCAUGCUCGUCAUCAUGCAAUACAAAACGCAGACUCUAUUGGAACGCUUGAGAUUGUAGUAACGUUUGAGCAGGUCAUAACAACCUCCGGGAUUUUCUUGCUGACGAGGAAGAAGUGGACUCGGAUUCCUACACCCGCAUUUAUGGCCUGCUCAAGUUGUGUUACAAUCUGUGAUGCAAAAGGUGCAUGAUCCAUCAUCCUCUUCUCACAGGAGAGUGCAUCACAAGUUCGGGACGAGUACUUCUUACCAAACCGCACUAGAAUCAUCCGGCUAAAUUUGUAUUGCAAAAAGCGGAACUACACGGCUCUGUGUGUCUCUUAUGCUGAUCAAGCAACACAAAAUCCAGACACAGAUUCUGUGUACUGUAACCACGUCUGAGAUUUUUGUAAUAGCUGAGCAGGUUAUAGCAUUCCCACCGCGUUUUUCUCUACUUCGUUGACAUCGGAAGAUGACGACCAUAACAAAUUCGACGAUAUUAGUCUUUUUCGCAGCUACGCUGCCGAGGACCCUCACGCGGCACUCUCCCCCUCUAGCCGAACAGGACAUCAUAACCCGGCCUCCUCAAGUAGCAGGCAGCAGCGCAUGGCUAUCCUAUGUAAAAACGUCCCCAACCCAUAGUCAAGAUGGGGAAUCGGCUACACAAAUCUACAAGUUUUGGCUGCUUUGCAUGACAAAUUUGGAUUCGUAGUGUCGUGCUGUUUGAGCUAGCUCAGCAGCGUCACAGAUCUAGUACAUCAGGCUGAUUGAAGCAUGACAGAUUCCAAAACACGCCUAAACAAUGCCUCUCAUGGGGCUCCGCAUGAGAAACAGUUUCAGCAUGCAGAUUUGCAAUACAAAUACAACUAUGGGGUGGGGACGUUUUUCAAUACGAUAAUGGCCAUGGCCUCCUUGCUCCUGGACCGGUGGCGUUUCGAGGUUCUAUGACAAUGCACAACUCCCCCUCGUCCCCCUCAUUUGUCAUGCAAAAUACCAAUUAUACAUCCCUUUCCCUUAAGCACUGCUUGCAUGACAGGCUCCGGAAGCUGAAACAGCACUAGAAUCGGUCGCUGAUUUGUCAUGCAAAAGCUGGAUUUAUGCCAGCACUUGUGUUGCUGCUUAUGCACUUCAAAUGAGGGGGGGGGUUGUGGACUCUCAUAGGUUCCGUACGGCACGUACAAACGCAUCGCACUGUUUCUCGCCAUUGAGUCAGAGAUUGAACCAGAGUGCGGCGACUUUUGUUUUUGCAUUUGCAAACAGGACGUCGAGAGCUCAUAAUUAGCCGCAGCUUUCGUGUGGAUACAAAUAGAAUAAAGUGUCCAGCCGUUGUACUAACAGAGUCGCGUAUGUUUAAUAUACGACUCGGGAUUUUGAUGUGCUACUUGUGCAAGGACGCGGGCAAAAU